UGGGAAGUGGCCAGCUGGGCCGGCGGCGCGCGCUCCUCCUGCCUCCUGCUUUGGCGCGCGCGCCGCCCAUCCGAAGGCUCCCCGCUCCCCGAGCGCGUCUCCGUUUGCCUCUUUGCUCUCUCUCUCCGCCGGGCGGGUUCACUCGGGAGCUCCGGCCUCGCUUGUGCAAGAAAGGGGCGGGGGGCCGCGGCAACAUGGCGCUCGUGCCGUGCCAGGUGCUGCGCGGCGCCAUCCUCCUCUCCUACUUCUCCAUCCUGUGCAACUACAAGGCCAUCGACAUGCCCGCGCACCAGACCUACGGAGGCAGCUGGAAAUUCCUGACGUUCAUUAAUUUGGUUAUUCAAGCGGUCUUUUUCGGGAUCUGCGUAUUGACAGACCUUUCCAGCCUCCUUACUAAAGGAAAUGACAGCCAAGAACAAGAAAGACAACUAAGAAAACUCAUUUCCCUCCGUGAUUGGAUGAUGGCUGUCUUAGCUUUCCCUAUUGGAGUUUUUGUCGUAACAAUGUUUUGGAGCAUCUACAUCUAUGACAGAGAACUAGUUUACCCAAAGCUCCUUGAUAAUUUUAUACCGCCGUGGCUGAAUCAUGGAAUGCAUACAACCGUUUUGCCUUUUAUAUUAAUUGAGAUGAGAACAACACAUCAUGAAUAUCCCAGCAGGACCUGUGGCUUGGUUGCUGUGUGCACCUUUUCGGUUGGCUACAUAUUGUGGGUCUGUUGGAUUUAUCAUGUAACAGGUGUUUGGGUGUACCCUCUCUUGGAGUACCUUGGCUCAGGUGCUAAAAUUAUCUUCUUUGCUACUGUAACUGCAAUAAUUAACAUCUUCUACUUGCUGGGUGAGAUCUUAAACAACUGCAUCUGGGAUACACAAAAAUGUAUGGAAGAAGGAAAAGAAAAGCCUAAAUUGGACUGAACAUGAAAGAGGAAAACAAGAUUUGCUGCUACACGGAAGACAUCUCAGUGUCAAGAGAUUGGCCAUUUACAUGAACAGUGCAUCCAGGAUACUUUUAUUUUCUCUUUAAAAAGAAAAGGGAUAUUGAUUUAUUGCCCCACUCCUUCCUGAUACCUGCCUCUGCCCAUAACACUAUAUAUGAUACAUUUCUCCACGACUCUUCUACACAUGUAAUUAUGUAUGUUACUAUGUUAAGUGUCUUUCCUGUGGCAGCAUUAUUGAAGUCUGCUCUGUCUCUGAUUUGGAAAUCAGUGGGGAAAUUGUUUGCAUAUCUAGCUGUAUCAUAAAGCCACGUCUUCAAAAGAGUGGAAAACUUAACACACACAUGCAAAUAUUUUGAAUCAGAGAGUUCUGUGGAAUUAACAAAUCAGAGAGUUCUGUGGAAUUUUAAUCAUCACAUUACAGACAAGAAGUGUUUGGGACAAUGGCAGUCAACUAGGACUAUAAAAUUGUUAAAACAAACUGAUUUAACUCAGUGCUGCUAAAGUACAAAACCACAUUAAUAAAAAACAAAAAUAGUC